UCUUACGGAUGAUCUGAGUCAUACACUAUUAUUUGUAUUCACCUCAUUUGUUUAGCGAGAUGUCGUGAUGUGCCUCGAAAUAGAAACUGGGAAUUUUUGUUUUGGUUUUCCGUGACUUUCAAAAUUUAGGCUUAGUUUUGCGUGAGUAAUUGGAAAUUAUGAUGACAAGAAGUAGAUCAUGUAAUUCCACCAGAUAAUUAUUUCUUAAUUUGGAAAUUAUUUCGACCAGAGUGUGAUAUAAAUUCAGCGUCCAGACAGACAGCCGAAAAAUGGAGGUGAAGGACGAAAUGAUAGUAAACAUGGACGUUGUCCCCACACUGAAUUCCGUAAAGGAUUGGAUAGAACACAAGUUUGACGUUCGUUUAAAGUUAGGUCUCAUAGCCAAUGACCCAGAUGGCAGUAGGAAGCAGUGGAUUGAAUUUAUUGGAUCUUUGGGUAUUAAUCAGUACGAUGUGAAACUUGCAAAGGAAUAUAGCAAAUCUCUUUGUAACCCUGAAGGUUCAGUAAUGAUGCCAUACCCUGCUGUUCUACAUACAGUUUUAACAUGUCCACCAGUUCAUGACAAAUUGGAACGGAAAUUUGAAAUUGCUGCCAUUUUUACGCAUCAUAAUGUGGCCAAUAUCAUGGGCUCAGAACUUGGAGUUGUCAUGGCGUCUUCUGCCCUUGAUGACUUGUCAGCAAAGUAUAGGUCAAGUAAAGGUCAGCAACAAUCUUGUAAGGAAUCGCUAAGGUUAAAUAGGCAGUUUGCAAACAAGUUAGACAGUUAUAGUAAUGUACAGGAGGCAAUUCGUGACUUUAGUUCCCUUCCUUUGGGAUGCCAGAAGAUUAUAAUCGAGUGGUUGGAAUUUGACGAUGGCCGAGGAGACUUGAGAAGGAGCCCUUACAUAGGACUCCAGUACAAUGUGACAUCACAGAACAACGGACCCAGACCAAGAACACAAGGCCAAGAUUGCCCAGAUUCGGCAGUGAAUGAUGUCUUGGAAAUGGACAGUGUCGAUGGUACUAUGGUGUUUCCGCAGCACAGAGCGCCUCCUAUUGGUGGAAGAGGUGGUGAUGUGCCAGAUGGUGUGGCCGUGUUUGAUGCAGCUCAGACAAACACAUAUAGUAAUGGAAGUUUUACUCAUUCCCAUGAUCCAGAUCAGACACCUGUUAUGAGCAUGUCACGACUGCAAAGAACAAUGGAUUAUACAGCUAGAAACUUGACAAAUUUUCCAAACACACAUUCGCAAACAGGGGUUAGUGCUCAAUCGUCUGGGGGAGAGACAGCAGAUUCUGCAGAGAAAGCUCCGAUGAUGUGCUCAGAUCAGAACAUUCCCAUUCCACAGCACUAUUAUGCUUUGCUUACAAAUCUCAGUUACACUGAACAGGAGAUGCGUGAAGUCAUUCACGAGAAGGGGACUCAUCUGCGAGUUGCAGAGCUUAUCAAAGCUCUUUCUGAUUUGAGGAAAGCAAAAGCCGGUGGUCAAACGAGUACAGGAAAUGAUGUACAUGUUACUAGUUCUGAAACUGUGUUUAAUACAGGGUUCACAUCAACUGAGCCUGCAGCAAUGACAACCUCACCCCACACUUACACUGGCUUCACAUCUAGAAUUGAGAGCAACUUUUACAAGGGUGCAAAUACUGAUAUUGCCAUGGCUGCGAGCUCCUAUGCUGGUCAUGGAAAAAUUCUUUCUGGUGCCGCUUCCAAUACAGGCAGUAAUUUUGCCAUGGACAUAAAUGCAACAGGAUCUCGUCCAACAGACAGCAGUGCCAUAACAUCAUGUGGUGUCAUAGAAAGAGUGCGUUUAUGA